CUGGAAACGAAACAAUCUUCUGCCAAAGUAUCUCGUUGAAAAAACAAGCAGUGUAUAUCGGGAUUUGCAUCCCAGAACGCUAUUAGCGUUUUCAGCUGAUGUCAACCGCCUGAAGCAGAAUGGUGUUGGGAAAUAAACACCUGGCACGUCACCAUGUACUGCUGCUCAUUCUGACGUAUGUCGUCAGAGGUCAUACACUUCAAUGUCAUCAAACGGAGUAUCAGCUCAACGAGAAUCUAUGUUGUCCAAAGUGUCCAAUUGGAAGUCAGGUUAGGAGCGACUGCACCAAACGUGGCAGCACAUCAUGCCAGCUGUGCCUGAACGGAACCUACAUGAAUAUCCCGACUGGCCUCAAAAACUGCUUGCCGUGCACAAACUGCAAUGCAGGAUCUGGUCUGGCGAUAAAGAAGGCGUGUACCAGGGAGUCAGACGCAGUGUGUAAACCACUUGAUGGCUUCUUCUGUGUGGACCAAGUUGGGGACGGCUGCCUUGAAGCACGGAAUCACACAGACUGUCGACCAGGACAAUACAUAAGCCAACAAGGAACACCAUUUACAGACACCAUAUGUAAAGACUGCAUUGGCGGCACCUUUUCGAAUGGUACAUUUUGUCAGCCACACACAAAAUGUGAAUCCGAACAUCUUCUCAUAAAACGGGGCACAGCGUCAACUGAUGCUGAAUGUGGCCAAAAAAAAUUUCCCGUGUGGAUUAUCGUCAUUGCCAUUUGGAGUUUCUGUGUGUUCGUUGCUGUCCUGAUCUGCUUUAUCAGAAAUUGGAAAGUAAAGUAUGAAAUUGGUAAGUCUGUUACAUGACUUUAUGAAAAAAAGGCACUGUGGUUUUGCAAAUCCAUAGAGUUGGCCAAAUGUAUAUAUCUAAGUUUGUGUGUUGUACUGUAUAAUAUACUGUUAUUAGGUCUGUGUAGAUUCUCAGGCAUCCAGGUCACAGCAAUCCCCAAAAGUUGAAUCAAGCCUUGUGGACUCUUCUGGGUUAUUCAUGUGGUCCUUGGAUGCUACCUGUUGGUGACCCUUGACUUACAUGUACACACUGAUAUUUAACGUUUUUAGUGAGGAAGCUAAACACUAAACAACAAUCAACACUGUUAUUUAUUGAUGUUAUUUACUGUCGCUAUUGCUGUGCAGUCCAAAUAAAGUAAAAAAAAAAAAAAGUAGGAAAAGCAACUACAGAAACCAUUUGAAA